CGCAUUUUAAAUUUCCAACCGAAAAGUCUUUUAGCCUUCAGACCCCCUGGGCAGAAACACCGACCGAUUGGACCGAUCUGUCCGCCCAACCCUGCCCUCCCCCUCUAGGCCCCUUACCAUACCGCCCGUCUCAAGGUCAUUUGGAGUGAAGUAGGCGAAAAAGAGGGUCCAACCGAAGAAACGCAGCGAGGCGAGGCGAGGCGCUAUGGCUAAGCAAUUUGAAAGCGGGCCACACUUGUUGAUUGAUUUCUAAGCAACAAAAACGAAAAGCGUUGCGUUUUUCAAGCAUUUGAGCGAUGUUCACGCCCCGUUUAAUGGUGUUGUUGUUGCUGGCAAGUUUUAAUUUGCCAAUCGACCGCUCAAGAUUAUGAAUACGAAUGAGGAAAAAUGAAAAUUGGCACAAAAAUUCGAAGCAUUUUUUAUACCCAUUUUUGGGGCUCUUACUUUUUUCUAGCCUAUUUAGCCCCGAGUGUAAAAUGUAAUUAAUCGAUCCAUAGAAUGACCAGAAGUAUAAAAGCAUUGGGCAUUGACUGGUGAUCACAACAGUUCCAAUCGCGAUUUAGGCCAAGCAAGUCAAUCAGAAACCAACGAAAAUGGCCCACCAAUUGACCAUCCUUUGCUGCGCACUCCUGGGCGUGGCUGCUGCUAGCUACAUCCCUCAUGGCGGAUAUAAUCACGGACACGGAGUGGGCUAUAGCAUCCACACGCAUCACGAGGCACCCAAGCAGUGGCACGAUCACCUCCAGGGUCACCACCAAUGGGUGGAGGCUCCAAAGGCCCACUCUUGGGGCACAGUUCAGGAUCACCACCACCAGCAGUGGGCACCAGUCGCUUCGCACGACAGUCACAACCAGUGGAGCCACCACGAGGAGCCCCAUCACCACCCCAAAUACGAAUUUAACUACGGAGUGAAGGACACCAAGACCGGAGACAUCAAGCAGCAGUGGGAGACCCGGGAUGGCGACAAGGUCAAGGGAGGCUACACCAUGAAGGAGGCUGAUGGACGCACCAGGAUCGUUGAGUACACUGCCGACGCCCACAACGGAUUCCAAGCAACCGUGAAGCAUGUGGGGCACGCCAGUCCCUUGCAGCACAGCCACGCACAUGGACAUGGACAUGGCCAGGAGUACGGACAUGGACAUGGUCACGCCACAAGCUACGUGGAUGUCAAACAGGACACCAGCAGCAAGUGGGAGGACAAGAGCGGCAAGUGGUGGUAAAGGAGCUGAACAAACUGACUGACUGCAAGCGAAUCGG